AUGAUAGAAUCUGAAGACUCAUCGGGCACUGCCAGAUUACGUGAAGAAUUAGCUAAAUACCGUGAACAACAUACUGAACUUGUCAAAUGUUUUGAUAUUCUCAAUGAGAAAUCGAAACGUGAAAAGAUCGAAUCAUUUGAAGAUCUCGAAAAAUCAAAAAAAAAAGAAACAAAAACAGUUCUUGUAAACUUGGCUCAAUUAACUAAACCAACUCCAUUGGAAGGUAUCAAUAUUGGUCUUUUUGGUUUGACAUCAACUGGAACAUCAACUAUAAUUAAUUCUCUUUUUGGUCAAAAUGUUGCUGAUACUGGUUUUGGUGAAACUACUACAAAAAUUACACCAUACAAUGGAAUUAUAUUUACACUAUGA